CCAUGACCGCGAGCGCGCCGCCGCUGCCGCUACUGCUGGCGCUGCUCGCCGCCGCUUGCUCCGCGCAGGGCUGGUGGGGCGGCUACCAGCCGCAACGGGAGCAGUGCCGCUCGCCCAUGGGCGCCGAGGGGGAGUGCGUGCAGGUGACGCGCUGCCCGCCGCUGCUGGCGCUGCUGCGCGCCACGCCGCGCCCGCCCGGCGCCGUCGAGUUCCUGCGCAGCUCUCUGUGCGGCUUCGAGAACCGCUACCCGCGCGUCUGCUGCGUCCAGGGCUUCCAGUACGAGCCGCCCCAGGUGGAGGAGCAGACGACGACGCGGCGCCCCGAGCCGACCAACCAGCGCCAACAGCAGGAGUCGGACCACCCCAAUGCACGCCUGCUGCCCACCGAAUGCGGCGUCGACUUCUCGGAGCGCAUCUUCGGUGGCAAGACAACCGAGAUAGACGAGUACCCCUGGCUCGCGUUGCUCAGGUACCGCGCAAGGGAUGGGCAGCUGCUGUUCCUUUGCGGUGGAGUCCUCAUCAACAGCAGAUAUGUACUCACAGCGUCCCACUGCGUCAACGGGAGGGACAUCCGUGAUUAUCGCCUGGUGAGCGUGCGGCUGGGCGAGUACAACACGGACCUGGAUCGCGACUGCGUGGAGGAGUACACGGGCGGCGAGACGUGCGCCGACCCGCCGCAGGACUUCGGCGUCGAGCAGUCGCUGCCGCACCCCGACUACGAGCCCUUCAGCGCCAACCAGUUCAACGACAUCGCGCUGUUGCGCCUCGACCGCGACGCGCCUACCACACACUACAUCCGACCUAUCUGCCUGCCGAGGGGCAGCACUGGAAAGCUCUCUUACGCCGGUCGUGACCUCGUAGUCGCUGGCUGGGGCAAGACCGAGUCACGUGCGUUCAGCCCAGUGAAGCUGAAGGUCGCAGUGCCCGCAGUCACGGAGGAAGAGUGCAAAGGAGUGUACAACGGACGGCGCACGGUGAGCUACGCGACGCAGCUGUGCGCCGGCGGCCAGGAGGGCAAGGACUCGUGCACGGGCGACAGCGGCGGCCCGCUGAUGGCGGUGGGCGCCGUCGACGGCGUCAACCGCCACCACGUGGCCGGCGUCGUGUCUUACGGGCCGCGCCAGUGCGGCCAGGCCGGCUGGCCCGGCGUCUACACGCGCGUCGCCGCCUACGUGCCCUGGAUACUCGACUCCCUGCAGCCCUAGCCGGCGUCCUCACUUUCACAUUCUGCUCUGCCGUCUCCGGGGACAGACACUUCCUUUUAAAUGAAACCGGGGUUGUCUUCACGGACAGUUUAUAUUUCCUACGUCCUGGUUGCAAUAUUAAUUUGCCUAAAAAUAAAAUUGUGUUUCUUUGUUCCUGUUACUGGACUGGUUACAGCGCUACAUGUCUGUUUGCUAUUAAGAAGUCGUGACGAAACACUUGUCCUACUACUAACAGGAUCUGUCGGUCGCUCAGGCAGCGUCCUGAGACACAGGACUCCUCUGAAUGAAAACGAAAAAGACCACCGUACAAUUUAAAAUUUUGUUACUCAGUUGCAAAACUACAGCUGAUGCUGAGGAUUCGAUAAUUAAUUGUAAAUUUCUUAUUCAACUUCAGACAUGCAAGGAAGGAAUAUCCAUCGAGUGAAAAUUCAGUUUGACAAAAAGUAAUUUUUGUUACCUACAUAAACGGAUCCCGAAAGUCACAUGACUGCGGUGCGGCGUAAGGUUGAUCCGUAAGCACUCUGAGAAUUUUGGACGUCAUGACAUCGCUCGUACAGACAGAUCCCGUUCAGAAGCACCGUGCAUUUUGUAAACGCACUCCGUAGGCAUCUUAAUAAUUUCCAAUUUAUAUCUGGAAUGAUCUUGCCUUAUAAGAGAUAAAGGCGAGAGCGUUUGACUUACUUGCGAUAAGACGCCGAUAAUUCUUCCGCUAUAGGGAAAGAAGGCAGAACUAUUUUUAGGUUUAAUACUGCACCAGAUCACAGCUAUUUUUAGGUUAAAUACUGCACCAGACCAUAUAUCCGAGUUUGUGUUUUAACAUGGCCUCUAGUACACCAAAGUGAAACAAUGCAGAAAAAAUAUUGAAUCUGGAGCUAUCAUAUGCUUCCAAUUACCAAUUUACCACACAAAGAAAUAUUUUUACUGACGAAACGGUUUUCAAGAACUAAUCUAUUAAUCGUACAUACUCUUUGUCCAUGACUAUUGUGGCUACUUUAAAAUAUGCGACAAUCUUUGGAGAUCUGUAUAAUCCGAAGGUAAUGACUUACACACUGCUUUUCAUAAAUCUUGCUUGUAGGUGAAAACUGGUCGAAAUAUGCAUGUAACGAAAUAUGUAUGUAAUGAACUGACUGACAACACUCGACCGAAAUUUAUCUGGAACUUGUCUUGUAAACAUGCAGUCACGUGAAAUAUCCCUACGACAUUAACUUCUUAUUAGACUUUGUCUCGAUAUUAAUCAACAUAUAAACCACCUCUUUCUGGUAUGAUAACUCGGAUUAGACCCUUGCAGUAAUUACCUUUGGCAAGUAAAUUUUUUCUCCGUUUGCGCCUAUAGCAGCAACAAAUACUCACGAUUGUUGUUAAUAAUAAACAAAUGUUUCAAACAGGGAAACCGAUGCAACAUUAAAGUUUCAGUCUACGUGCAAGCAAACGUUGUUAUACUUACAUCACGUGAAGAUUUCUAUUUGAUAUUGGUUAUAUUUGCAGUACACUACGAGCACUCCUUAGAUACCUGUGGCACUUUCUGCACAUGAAGCUGUCACCUCGAAAAGCUACUUUCACUAGAAAUUUUCCUGUUACAUUAAUUGUCCGUUGCGGAAUAGCAUUGCUUACAGUGUGUUCACUACGUUGUACUUGCGGAAUGAAAUUCGUUACGUUACCAGUAACGUAGGUAAAGUAAAUUCUAGGAGAAAUGUGAAAUAAAUGUCUCCACAUUUACUACUGUUCGAAAUAAUUCUAGUAGAGAACUCUAUUUCUGUACUGACAAAAUAUGUCGUUAAGAAUGAUCUCAGGGGCUUUUGUUUAUGUUGAUAAAAUGGAGAAAUAAAGUCAUUCAGUGUUACAACUC